AUGAUAUAGAUAGCAACUCCUAUGCUUAAAAAUAUAUUUAUAGAUUUUCAGGAUAAUCUACAUUAAUAAAUCUUAAGUAUGAUUGAUAUUACAGAAGAUUUAGGGUUUCAACAACGAUCGAACUUUCACCAGAAACUAAAGAAAUUACACAUAAAGAAAUCGCUCCUAUCAUAAAUGCUUUAUUUGAUUAUUAAGCAUAAUUAGAUACUUAUCUUACUUAUUCAGUUAUUAUUUUUGGUGGUUAAAGAUUAAUUUACUAAAUAGGAUUUAAAAGUGUUUAAUUAUUUGAGUUAACAAUUUCAUGAUUCAGUUAAACUUAAAGAACUGGUUUUGUUGAAAGCUAUGAAAAUAUUUGAAUGA